AUGUGCAUCGUACUCAUCUCGACGGCGCACCCCUCAUACCAACUCAUCCUCAUCGACAACCGCGACGAGUACCUCAACCGGCCGACGGACGUGGCCAGAUGGUGGCCAGAGCCGCACUCGCACGUGCUCGGGGGUCGUGACAUGCUCCGCGAAAUCCACGGUACGUGGCUCGGGGUGACGCGCACGGGCAAGAUCGCGGUGCUCACAAACUACCGCGAAGACACGACGCCGCCGCCGUCGGCCGUGUCUCGCGGCGCCAUCAUCAAGCAGUUCCUGUCCGAGGACGUGGGGCCGGUCGAGACGUUUGUGCGCGACGUCGUCAACACCGGCAUCGCCAAGGACGCGGGCGGCUUCAGUCUGGUGUGCGGCGAGAUCGGGGCCAAGCUGGCCGUCGUGUCCAACCGCGCCGAGGACCAGAGCCAGGUGCCAUGGAUCGGCGGCGACGUGGUGCAGACGGUCGGCCUCAGCAACGCGGCGUUUGGCGACCGCACGUGGAAAAAGGUCCUGCUGGGCGAGGAGCUCCUGCUCGACACAAUCCGGUACAACGUCGAGCACGACGCCUCCGACGAGGACCAGCUGAUCCACCGCCUCCUCGACCUUCUCAGCCACGACACUUUGCCCAGACAAGGGAAGCCGCACGACGCCGGUCUGGAAGCCUACAUUAUGGACCUGCGGCAUUCCAUCUACGUGCCUACUCUCGGCAGGCGGGACAGCCCGCAGCAGCAGCCGCAGCAGCAGCCGCAGCAGCAGCAACCGCAGCGCAACAUCCCCGAUGAUGAGAUGGCAGCUGCCAAGUUGCGCGAAAAGGUCGACGUCGUAGGCUUCAAUACGCCCGUUAGGAAUAACAGCCCGGCGCCGUCCGCGUCCAUGUCACAAACCCCUGGACAGGAAAGAACUGAACUUGACCCUGUCGCACGACCCCAGCUGGGUGUUAGUGGUCUGUACGGCACGCAGAAGCAGACCGUCGUCCUGGUGGAUAGGGAUUUCAACGUCCGAUUCUUGGAGAGGACCUUGUUCGAUCAGGAUUCGAAUCCCAUCCCGCCUGGCAAGGGGGAUGUUGAUGUGAGAUUCAAAAUUGAGAGGACAGAGCAGAACACGGAAGCAAUGACGACGUGA